CUGGAGAACCCUCCGGCCGCACGAGAAGCGCGUGCGGUCGCUGUCCCCAUGGCAACCACGGCCGGGGACCUGAGCUCGCGGCGGGGGCAGCGCUCGGGAACCCCCAGGGCAGCGGCCGCAGUGUGACAUCAGAGUUGUCAGUGAGAGCACCUAGAGAGCAGUGUGAUUUUUGUGAAAUGACAGCUCACGCCUCUGAAGCUGUCAUGUCAACUCAUCUAAGUCUCCAUAAACAGUAUUUGCAAGCCUGCCAACAGUCGAGCCAACCAGAAAAUCCUUUCAUUGCACACAUGCUUGAAGAAGCUGAGAAAGCAGAUAUAACAUUGACAAAAGGGAUCACAUUAAAAAUAGCUGGAAAUAACCGCUUGCUGCCAGUACAGAAAGUUACAGAUGAGGAUUUUCGAAUGCUUGCCUGCAUCUUAAGCAAUAACACAUUUGUUACAGGGCUGGACCUUAGAUAUAAUGUAUUAACUGAUGUUGGAGCAGAGCAUGCUGCAAAAUUCCUUCAGGAAAACGCAACCCUGUGCUACUUCAAUCUGAUGUUUAAUGAUAUUGGCACCAAUGGAGCCGAAUUGAUAGCUAAAGCAUUGCAUAGGAAUGAAACGCUCCAACACUUGAGAAUGACUGGCAACAAAAUUGAAAACAAAGGUGGGAUGUACUUUGCUUCAAUGCUGCAAAUUAAUUCGACCUUAGAGAAGUUAGAUCUUGGAGACUGUGAUUUGGGUACACAAAGUCUAAUAGCAAUAGCAACAGUUAUGAGCCAUAACAAAGCGAUGAAAGCCCUAAACCUAAAUCGUCCUACACUGUAUAGCCAAGAGGAAGAGUCCACAGUUCACAUAGCUCUAAUGAUGAAAAAUAACUCUUGUCUUAUGGAACUGCAUUUGUGCAAACAUGAAAUGAAGAACUUCGGUGUGGAGCGACUGUGUGAUGCAUUGUAUGAAAACCACAGCCUGCGAUAUCUUGACCUCAGUUGUAAUAAAAUAACUCGUGAUGGUGUGAAAUUUUUGGGAGAACUGCUGAAACGGAACCAAAUUCUGGAAAUCCUAGAUCUUAAUUCAAACCGGAUAGAAGAUGAUGGAGCCAUCUACCUGAGUGAAGCCCUGGCUUUGUACAACAGGACUCUUCAAGCGUUAGCAGUAGCAAGCAACAAUAUAAGUGGAAAAGGACUUGUUGCUCUUUCGGAUUCAAUGAAAACAAACAUGGUGCUUUCCUACAUUUAUAUUUGGGGAAACAAACUGGAUGAGGCCACCUGUGUCGCAUUUUCAGACUUAAUUAAAACUGGCCGCUUGAAACCAAAUUGUACAGACGUGGAUCCGUAUGAAGUGGAUGGGCAUGAAUAUCUUGCAGAACUCUCUCAUGGCCUUAAAAGGCAUUACUAUUGGACACCAAGUUAUGGGGAGGCUGAUAACAAAGAUGCUAAUGCCAGUCUUGCAAUAGGAGCAGUUGCAGAACAUUUGUGAACAAGGUUAUGUUACCUGUCAAGGUUUAAGUUUCCUGUGUAUAUAAACUCCAGGAGUUUCUGAAAUCCAUCAGCCUUCACUUGAGUCUGAUCCAAAACCACAUUAUUGUCAGAGGCAUCCCUGUAAAAUGCACC